UAUAAUUAAAAUAAAUGAAUUAAAAAAUAUAGUUAAACGCAUCCCCCAGAACGCACUCUUUCUCAUUAGCUCCGGCGUCUCACUCCGGCCACCGUCGUCUCUCAGCUCCGGCCACCGGAUCUUUAAAAAUUUCGACAGAUUUCAGAUAAGCACGAUGCUAGGUGUAGCAGCCAGGCUGUCAAGACGUGCAUUAUCGGUGCGAAGAGCACCUGGUGUGUUUCAUCAGCAUUGCAUUACGGGUGAUUAUGUUGGUUCGUUUGGUUCUCGCGGGUUUUCAAGUUUUGCCUCUGGGUUUGAGCCGUUGAAGCACAAGCCAUUGGAGUCUAUUAUUGAUGUUCAGAGGGCAAAGCUUCAAACUCCAGAGGAUCUAGCUACAAUUUGGGAUGAUUUUCAUAUAGGAAGAGGUCAUAUUGGUGCAUCAAUGAAGACAAAGUUGUAUCAUCUACUAGAACAACGAGCUGCUGACUGCCGCUAUUUCGUGCUUCCGGUGUGGAAAGGUAGUGGUUACACAACGAUGUUUAUGCAAGUGCAGAUGCCACACAUACUUUUCACUGGUCUUGAAGAUUACAAAGCUAGAGGAACUCAAGCUGCUCCUUACUUCACUGUUUCUCAUUACAAAGAAUUUGCCGAAACCAAGGACUUAAUCCUUAUUCGGGGCGACAUCGUGUUUACCAGUAAGUUAACAGACUCCGAGGCAAAAUGGCUAUUGGAAACUGCGCAGUCCUUCUACUUGAACGACACAAGAUACAAACUGGUUGAACGCUUUAACAAACAAACAAGCGAUUUUGAGUUUAAAGAUGUUUUGCGAACAUUAGAUAUGCCAAUGAUGUAGUCUUUUUGAGAUCAGGAUUACAAAUAAGAACGAUCAUCGGUUGACAUGAUCGUUUAACAUUUUCUGUUGGUAAACAAAAACUGUUCAACUAAAUGGCACUCUGCACUUGUAGCUCUUUGUAGCAAUUAUAACUCGUUUACUGCCCAUGUCAUGUUUGACGAAUAUUAUUUCAGUUAUAGUUUAUUAAUUGUUAAUGAUCAA